CUGGAGGACUGGGAAUCGCAGGUGAUCUGGCAGGAUCCAGAUAUUUCGGGUGCACCGCAUCCAGUCGAUGUGAAUGAAAUCAUGCUGCGGCCCAAGAACAACAUGAUCGAGGACUACGAGUCGCACAUUAUCUGGGACCCAGAGGAGCCGUUUGCGCCGUGCUCGCAGCUGCAGAUCAACAUGAACGACACGCACAUGCUGUUCGAGGACGCCAACAGCAUCAAGGAGUCAAAUGCACGCGAGGCCGAGCGUCUGCGGCUGCUUGAGGGUGUGGACCAGUUCAACCUGUCGAACGACCACUUUUACGAGGCGCUGCAGGAGGGCAAGGUGCAUCGUGUGCGACAGACAUUCGGACAGCUGAUCAUUGCGCACUCUCUGCCGGCCCUGCGUCUGCAGCCGCCGUACUUCAAGAUGCGGCUGGCACGCAACGACUUGCGCUCAUGGCACCGGCCAUUCCUGCAGGCACCGAUCGAAAAGCCUGUGCAGUUUGCGCGUGUGCGGACAGCCAAGAAGCGCAAGCAGAAGCACUCGAUGGAGAACCCGUGGGCGGCCAAGGACAUCACGCUUAAGGAUACAGCCGACUGCGUGCUGGUGGAGUAUUCGGAAGAGUACCCGCUGGUGCUGUCAAACGUCGGCAUGGGCAGCGUGUUUGUCAACUAUUACCGCAAGCGCGGGAUGAACGACAAGUCAUUCCCCAAGGUUGACCUUGGCGAGUUGUUUAUCCUCGAUGUGGCGGAUGUGUCGCCGUUCCUGAACUUUGGCAAUGUCGAGCCCGGGCAGGUCAUCCCAGCGCUAUACAACAACAUGUUCCGCGCACCGCUGUUUUCGCACAAGGUGCGGCCGACCGACUUUCUGGUUGUCAAGCACGUGUCCAAGGGCGAGUCGCGGUGGUACGUGCGCGGCAUCCAGUACCAGUACCUGGUUGGCCAAACGUACCCGCUGCAGGAAGUUCCGGCGCCGCAUUCACGCAAGGUCACCACCACAAUCAAGCAUCGGCUGCAGGUGGCCGCGUAUCGGCUGAUGAACCGCAACCAGUACCACCUGCUGCAGAUGGGCAAGCUGGCGCGCCUGUUCCCAGAAUAUAGCGACCUGCAGAUCCGCCAGCGGCUGAAGGAGUUUUGCGAGUACCAGCGCAAGGGGCUGGGCGCCGGGUACUGGCGGCCCAAGCACAACAUGCCGAUUCCUGACGAAGAGAAUCUGCGCAAGAUGCUGACGCCCGAGAUGCUGUGUGUGUUUGAGAGCAUGCGCGUCGGCCAGCAGCAGCUGCACGAUGCCGGAAAACUGGGCGAGGAAGAGGAAGAUGACGAGGGCGGCGAGUCGAAGCUUUCGAUUGAGGAGCUGCUGGCGCCAUGGAAUCUGACGCGCAACUUCAUAAACGCGACGCAGGGCAAGGCCAUGCUGAAGCUGUACGGUGAGGGCGAUCCGACCGGCAAGGGCGAUGGCUUCAGCUUUGUGCGAGUCUCCAUGAAGGACAUCUUCCUGCGGGCUGGCGAGAGUGUACAGGAGAAGCUGGCCGAGAUUGAGGCGCGGCCCAAGAGUGCCCACCGGUAUAAUGUGGCCGAGCAGCAGCAGAUUUACAAGGAGGAGAUUAUGCGGAUCUGGAAGACCCAGUUUGCGGAGCUGUCGAGCCUGCAGCCGCCGCCCAGGCUUCAGCGCGACGCAUACAAGGACGAGAACACCAUUGUACCUGAAAUCAACGACAUGUUUGGCGACUCGGCCUACGGCCAGGAUGUGUCGUCGGUGAUGCCAUCGCGCAUGGUGCCGGGCAGCGCCAUGGACGUCAGCCUGAAGCUGGCCCACGCGCUGGGCGGCUCGCAGACGGCCUCGCAUGCCAACUUUGUGCAGCCGAACCGCAAGAGCCUGACCAUCCGCCGUGCAGUCAAGUCGCCGUAUACGGGCGAGCUGAUGUGGCGUACCGAGGUGAUCAAGGACUCGGCAGUGAUCCAGGCGUAUCUGCGCCAGCGGCGGAUCAUCGAGAAUGCCGCCCACGACCGCGAGACCCAGUUUGACGCUGACGACUUGUUCAAUGGCGGCACAGGUGUGGCUGUGGACUUGGCUGGCGAGACCCGCGCGCAUCUGGCGAGGCUGAGGCGGGCGCGCGAGCGCCGAAUGGAGGAUGCGAGAGCCCAUGAGAAGAGCCACAUGACUACCUUCUCGCUGCCACAGCCAAACAAGCCCAAGAAGGAGGUGAUCAGGCGGUGUGGCAAUUGCGGCGAGCUUGGACAUAUGAAGACCAACAAAAAGUGCCCGCGCUACUACGAGUUCAAC